AUGUCUGCCCCCGAAGACUUCACCAUUGACCCUCAGACGGUCAAGGAGCUCCAGCUCCUCGAGGCGGCUCUGUCGGACGUCGACCUUGAGAUCGCGGCCAAGCAGUACCUGAUGACCCGCGACAUCUUUGCUUCGCGCAGGCAGACCAUCGCCAAGAUCCCCGCGUUCUGGGCCGUCGUCUUUGAGCACGCCCAGCGCGACCUCGAGGCCGCCAUCACUGCCGACGACACCGAGCUCUUGGUCAAGGGCCUCGUCGACAUCGAGGUCGCCCGCCCUGGCAUCCCUGCCUCCGCCACCCCCUCUGACUGCGGCAAGGACAAGUUUGGCGAGCCCAGGUCGGUCGCUUUCCGCUUCCACUUCAAGGACAACGACUGGAUCGCCGACAAGGUCCUCGAGAAGCACUUCUACUACCGCUACGCCAAGGACGGCACCGCCGGCCUCGUCUCGGAGCCCGUCAAGAUCAACUGGAAGGCCGGCAAGGACCUGACGCAGGGCCUGACCGACGCCGCCUACAACCUCUGGGUCGCCCAGAAGGGCAACGCCGCCCAGAAGCUCGACGCCGUGCUGGACAAGGACGCCCGCAAGGCCCGCGACGCCGCCGCCAAGCAGCUGCCCGAGUACAAGGCCCUGGCCGCCAUGCUGGAGGACGCCGACAAGGCCGAGGGCGCCAUCAGCUUCUUCAACUUCUUCUCGUACCGUGGCCGCUGGAUCAGCGAGGCCGAGAGCGUCGAGGCCAAGGCCGAGCUCGAGGCCAAGCGCGCCCGCGCCGCCGCCGGCCAGAGCACCAAGGAGGACGACGAGGAUGACGAGGACGAGGAGGACGACUUUGCCGAGGAGGACGUCGAGACCUUCCCCGCCGGCCACGAGGUCGCCACCACCAUCUCGGACGAGAUCUACCCCAGCGCAAUCGACUACUACAUGGAGGACGAUGCUGAGCUAUCUGAGCUUGACAUUGAGGACGAUGACAGCGACGAGGAGGACGUCGAGAUGUCUUAG